AUGGAGAACGAUUGUAGCAAAUUCAUCCAGAAAUGCCACAAAUGUCAAAUUCAUAGAGACUUGAUAAAGGUCCCUCUGAUAGUACUGAAUGAUAUGACGUCGCCUUGGCCAUUCGUCGCUUGGGGCACAGAUGUCAUAGGACCAAUUGAGCCAGUUGCAUCAAACAAACACCGCUUCAUUUUGGUCGCCAUAGACUACUUCACCAAGUGGGUGGAAGCAGCAUCUUAUGCAUCAUUAACAAAGAAAGUAGUCGCCGAUUUUGUGCAUAAUAACACCAUAUGUCAAUUUGGCAUCCCAGAAUCAAUCAUAACAGACAAUGGGGCAAAUCUAAACAGCCGCCUGAUGAAAGAGAUAUAUGCUCAAUUCCAAAUCACUCAUCGAAAUUCAACUGCAUACUGA